CAACAAGAGAACCUGUUUCUUUCUUGUGUUCCUGUCAUAAGGUAGAAGAAACUCUUAUCUUGCCCAGAAUUGAAGGAGAAUUCCCUGGUUUUUGUCUUCCUCUGGGAACAGCAAAUGCCAAGGUUCAUGUCCACACAAAAGAAUAAACAAUAGGGGGGUGUGGGGGUGGGGAGAGGGAGGCAGGGAGAGAGAGAGUGCCAUUUAGGGAUCAGCAGCAAGAACAAGAACGAGAUCAGAAAGAAACAAUAAAAGGAGUUUGAAAAAGAAAAGAGAAGAAAGACAAAAAGUUGAUCUUUCUUUUUUUUUUUUAAUAAUUUUUUCUAUCUUUCAAUGUCCAACAACUCAGGUGAUGGCGGGAGCUUCUCCUCUGGCAUCAUCUGUGGAACAGAAGUUCAUCAUCAACAGCAGCAACAGAAGCUUGUAUUUAAACAUUUGGAUGGCUCAGCCAUGGCUCCUUCUUGUUCCAGCGCAAGCAAUAACAGCAAUGGAUCCAGUAAACAGCAGCAGCAGGAGCAGCCCGCAGCAGCUGAGAAGAGAAGAAGAUUACCAGGAACUCCAGAUCCCAAUGCAGAAGUCAUUGCUCUAUCCCCCAAAACCCUCAUGGCAACAAACAGGUUUGUGUGUGAAAUUUGCAACAAAGGGUUUCAGAGAGACCAGAACCUGCAGCUGCACCGGCGAGGCCACAAUCUGCCAUGGAAGCUCAAGCAAAGAACCAGCUCCGAGAUCCGCAAACGGGUCUACGUUUGCCCUGAAACCUCCUGCGUCCACCACAAUCCUGCGAGGGCGCUCGGAGACCUCACCGGAAUCAAGAAGCAUUAUUCCAGAAAACACGGCGAGAAGAAAUGGAAAUGUGACAAAUGCUCAAAGAAAUAUGCUGUGCAAUCCGACUGGAAAGCUCAUUCAAAGACCUGUGGCACCAAGGAAUACAAGUGUGACUGUGGCACCAUCUUUUCCAGGAGAGAUAGCUUCAUCACUCACAGAGCCUUCUGCGAUGCCCUUGCCGAGGAGAAUAGCCAAGCACUGAAACAUGGCCGACUCGGCCACACUCUGGAAGAAAGCGGCAACAACAUACUGGGCCAUGCCCCAGAGCUCACGUCCACGCCCCCCUCGCCGAUGGCUGCGAUGACCACUGCCUCCGCCGCCUCCUCCAUCCAAGUCCCCGAUCCUCAUCAUCAAUUCAUCGCGCAGCUAAAGCCGCCUCUUCCCCAUCCGCAUGAGCUCAUAAUUCCUAAUAUUAUACCUCCAAAACCCUCGAACAAUAUGGCCGGAAGCAUCUUCUCAUCCGCCGCCGCCGCCAAUAUCUUCGGCAUCCUGCCUCCUUCCUCUUCCGCCCUGCCCUCCCCGGCCAUGUCCGCCACCGCCCUGUUGCAGAAGGCGGCUCAAAUGGGCGCAACCGCAACCAGCGCUACCAGUAACAUCAACUCCCCAAGGAUUAACCAAAACAGCUUCGUCACAAGCAUGGCUGCAGCAGCAGCGCUGAGUGAUGAAGAAGGGGUCAUUAAUGGCGGAUCAUUUAGCAGGCAGUUCAUGCACCAUGGAUUCUUGGAGAACAACAUGGAGGUUGAGCAUGAUACUAGUAGAACCAUAAGUACCAGUACUGCUGGUUUAAGUGGGUUGUCAAGAUUUGUGGGUCACGAUGUCGAGGGGAUGACAGUUGAUUUUCUGGGGAUCGGAGGGAGGAGCUUUCAUGGAGGAGUUCAGGGCCAAGGGUUGAUGGAGUAUGAAGAUAUGGACGGCCGGCGCCGGCGCCGGCAGCAUGGAAUGGAAGGGCUGAGUCAUCAUCCCUUUCAAACACAGAUCUCUAAUGAUCAUCAGGAAGUGGCAUGUGACAAACCCACGUGGAACUAGCCUUUAGAUACUAAUGAUGUUGUCUUAAAUAUAUAUGUCUACGAGCAUAGUGAAUUGGAUAUAUGAACGCUAUUUCAGUUGCCCUACCCUUUGAAUUUCAGGCAAAAUUGUCACACACACCUUAUGUUUACCCUUUAAAGGUAAAGCCGUGAAUUGAACAAAAUGGAAUAACAAAUGGCCGGGUAUAUAAUAUAUCCUUUAUUUA